CGGGUCAACCAGUUAACAGGCAUAAGCGGUGUGGGGAGGACCGGUCCUGAUUCAGCUGUGCACUUUCACGUCUGCACACUGCAAACAUGUCUCGUCUGCUCGCUCGGAUCUUCAUUUCCAAACAUUUGCGAGCCACACUUUCGCUGUUACCACGAUGCAGCCCAGCCUUGUUGCGCCCAGUACACACAAAUUCAGUCCUGAAAUCGCUCACCCGCUAUAAUGAGACGACAGACUGGCAAAAGAAACUCUCCCCUGAGCAAUAUGUGAUCACAAGAGAAAGGGGGACAGAGGUGCCCUUCAGUGGGAUAUACCUGAACCACUAUGAGAUGGGGAUGUACCACUGUGUCUGCUGUGAUUCUCCACUCUUCAACUCAGAGGCCAAGUAUGACUCUGGGACAGGCUGGCCAGCUUUCAAAGAGGCUCAUGGGACAUGGGAGCGAGAUGAGAGCCACGCUUCCAUCAUCCGUCGCCCCGACAACAGCCUGGGGAGUGCUAGCGUCGAGGUCAUUUGUAAAAACUGUGAUGCCCACCUGGGUCACGUAUUUGAGGACGGUCCAGAACCGACUGGUCAGCGGUUCUGUAUUAACAGCGCGGCCCUCAACUUUAAAGCUAGAGACAACAACAAACCUGACAAGACUGAAGAAAAAUGAUGUCAUCUGGGCUUUUGCAUUUUAUUUUUCACUUCCAGUCAACUAAGGAGGGAUUUUUGGUGCUCGUUUUAUGUCUCACUGAAUUACACUAAUUUUCUCAUUAGGUAACACGGUCAUAGUUUUAUCAUAUAUGUACAAGAAAUACUGUUGGAAUGUCAUUGCAACAUCAAUUUUUUGUUUUUUUGUUCUGAAAUUUACGUCACUUGUAUCAAGUUUGCCAAUUCAUUUUUUCAUUAAUAAAUGCAUAUGUUGCUUUCUA